CUCUGGCGACGCGUGGCAGCGAGCGACGCUCAGUUCUUUUCCUACAGCAGGACGGGCGAGAGUGUGUGCGGACACAGCAGAAUCAACCACCAUGUUGGCCACCAAGAAAGUUCAGGAGACCGCAGCUGUGGAUCUGGGUGCUCUCCUCGAUGAGAGUGAGGGCGCCAUAGUGAUUCUGGCGGCAGGGCAGACGCGUCUGGUGGCACACAGGGCAGUCCUGGCAGCCAGGAGCCCCGUAUUCGCGGCCAUGUUCCAGCACGACACUGGAGGCCAGCACAGGUGAAGUCAGCAUCACGGAUAUGGAGGGCCCAGUUUUGCGCCAGCUGCUGUCAUACAUGUACACACUCCAGGCCCCCCAGCUGUCCAGCAUGACCCCACAAAUGCUGGCAGUUGCUGAUAAGUACGGCUUGUCGGCCCUGAAGGCUGCUUGUGAGCAGCAGCUGGCCACUCAGCUGACUGUGGAGAAUGCAGCAGCCACAGCUGUCCUGGCAGUGAGGCACUGCUGCCCAAGCCUGACUCCGGCUUCAGUCGCCUUCAUAAAAGACCACAACUUCCGGGUAAUGGCUACACAGGGCUGGGCAGACAUGAUGCGUAGCCACACUGAAGAUUUGAUUGAAGUGAGUCGCCUGCUUGCUGAACCACCAGAAGAAAUCAGGAGUCUUUCGGUCGAGGAGAAAGGCAGGAGGCUGAUCCAGGCAGCUGAGGAGGGGUCAGUGGAGGAGAUACGGACUCUGCUCGCCGCAGGUGCUGACUUAGGAGUGAGGGACAAGUACAUGGGGACCGCCCUGCAUUGUGCAGCGCCAACCAGCCUUCAUGUUCUUUAG